CAAGUCUUUUACUCAGAGAGGGAGAGAGAGAGAGAGAGAGAAAGAGAGAAUGGUUGCCGAAGGAUGCGAUGGAGCCAAGCGGUAUGCUCUUCUUUUGGCUACUGAGGACUCUGACUAUGUGAAGAAGAUGUAUGGCGGCUACUUCAAAGUCUUUGAAGAAGCAUUCCGAGAAGAAGGCCAACAGUGGGAUCUCUUCAGGGUUGUCAAUGGCGAAUUUCCAGAGUUUGAAAGGCUUCAAGACUAUGAAGGCUUCGUCGUCAGCGGCAGCCCGCACGACGCCCAUGGUGACCAGAUCUGGGUCAGGAAGCUCUGUUUCUUGUUGCAGGCCUUAGAUGCCAUGCACAAGAAAGUUCUUGGCAUAUGCUUCGGCCACCAGGUUCUUUGCAGGGCAUUAGGAGGGAAGAUAGGGCGAAACGAAGCAGGUUGGGAUAUUGGGAUAAGAAGUGUAGUGCUGACAGAUGAACUGCCACCUUACGAUUACUUCAAGGGAUUCAACAUCCCACCUUCGAUUUCAAUCAUACAGUGCCAUCAAGAUGAGGUGUGGGAGAUUCCAGUUGAUGCGGAAGCAAUUGCGUACUCUGAGAUGACAAAGGUUGAGAUGUUCACUUGCGGAGAUCACAUACUGGGGAUCCAAGGCCACCCUGAGUACACCAUGGACAUUUUGUAUAACCUUCUGGACCGCCUUCACAGCAACAAUGUCAUAGAGGAAACGGUGGCGGAGGAAAUCAAAGCCAACUUGGAGGGGAGAGAGCCUGAUCGAGAGGUGUGGCUCAAGAUAUGCAGAAGCUUUCUGUCUGGGAGAUAGUUGUGCCGCAAAAACUGCCUUGCGAGUUUAGCUCAUGUCCGCAAAUUCAGGAACUCUGUUGACCAAAUAAUUAAUGCCUCAACUUGUUCAAGCUUCACUUAUCUUAUGAAACGUAUGUAUCUCUAAAUGGAAUGCAACUGUAUUAAUAAGGUCUAAUAUUCAAGUAAA